AUGGAGGAGGAAGAAGUAGAAGAGGGAGAGGUGGAAAACAUGGAAGGAGAAGAGGAAGGGCACCCACUACACUAUGCCACCAGUUGCUCCAAUAAAUUCUCUCUUCUAUAUCAAUACCAUGACUACAAAAUUAAGGAGCUAGCUAUCAAAAAUCUUGAGGGAGUGGAGAGAGCAGAGGAAGUAAGCGAACAUGGCAAUUUGGCCCAAUAUCGACAACUGCAGUCACUGAGUUUGGAAUGGGACAACAGCAGUAUUGUGCAGGAUUCAAGCACAGUUAAUGACAAUGCAGUUCUAGAAAAGCUCCAGCCUCAUGGGAACCUAGAACAACUCAAAAUACGAGGCUAUAGGGGUGAUACAUUCUGUUCUUGGGUGACGAAUAUAAGUUAUUUCCUUCCAAAUCUUGUGAAAGUUGAGCUUUCUGACAUGUUAUGCUGCGAACAUAUCCCAUUAUUAGGCCAACUAGCAAACUUAGAAUUUCUGCGCAUCUCAAAUAUGCCUAGCCUCAGAAAAGUGGGCGGUGAUAUAUAUGGGGCUGACAGGGCAUUUAUGAAACUGAGAAUACUUACCCUUGCAAGUAUGGACAACCUGGAGGAGUGGACGACCACAACACUAUCAACUCGUGAUGAUGAGCUGAAGUUUCAUGAAAGCCAUGGAGAUGAAGUAUUUCCUAAUCUCCAAGUACUUAAUAUUAGAAACUGCCCCAGGCUGAGGUUUGUUCCAGCUUUCCCAGGAAGCCGGAGCUGUACCAUAGAAAGAAGCAGCGAUGUCCUAUCAUCUGAGAGAUACAUUGGUAGUUCGAAUUUGGCAUUACUGAACAUGAAAAUACGGAACUGUGGCAUUUCUUCAGAUAUUUCCAAACUUCUUCGGUACUGUGUUAAUCUCGAGCAACUGAGUGUUCAUUCCUGCAAUGACCUUAUCACCUUGCCAGAAAGCAUCUGA